CGCAACACGCUUCUGUCUUCUUUCCCUUUGUUUGUGUUUAUUGUUCUCUCAGAACCCAAAAAAAACUCUAUUUUGUUCUCUUACUCGUGCACACCUCUCAUUUCCCCACGAACCCAUUUUAUUUUUCCAAAAAGAUCACAACUUUGCUUCAAUCUAGAAGACUCCUCUUUUUCUGUUCCUGUUUCAUGGGCAUCUCUUGGAAUCGGGAACCAUAGACACCGCAAGGCAUGGACAAGGACAAGUCUAAUACUCACAGCUUUCUUCACAGUAUUGUUAAACACUUCAAAUUCGGUUCCCCUAAAGGAUUCUGUUUCUGCUCUGUCGUGUUUUAUCAGAGCGAAACAAUGAAGCUGACAUACAGCAAAUGGCUGCACAGGAGCAGAAGAUCUUCGCCUACGAAACCUUGGCAGCUGCUACUAAGAAUUUUAGUGCUAUUCAUAAGCUUGGUGAAGGAGGCUUUGGACCCGUCUACAAGGGGAAGCUGAAUGAUGGGAGAGAGAUUGCUGUGAAGAAGUUAUCACACACUUCGAACCAAGGGAAGAAGGAGUUCAUGAAUGAGGCAAAGUUGUUGGCUCGUGUGCAGCAUCGGAAUGUGGUGAAUUUGGUGGGCUAUUGUGUCCAUGGCACCGAGAAACUACUUGUUUAUGAGUAUGUUGCUCAUGAAAGCCUAGACAAACUUCUAUUCAAAUCACAAAAGAGAGAGCAGCUUGAUUGGAAACGUAGGAUUGGAAUAAUCACAGGCGUGGCAAAGGGGUUGCUUUAUCUUCACGAAGACUCACACAAUUGCAUCAUCCAUCGCGAUAUCAAGGCGAGUAACAUCUUGCUUGAUGAUAAAUGGACGCCAAAGAUUGCAGAUUUUGGGAUGGCUCGUCUUUUCCCGGAAGAUCAAAGCCAGGUCCAUACACGUGUGGCUGGAACCAAUGGGUAUAUGGCUCCGGAAUACGUGAUGCAUGGAAAUCUUUCGGUGAAGGCAGAUGUAUUUAGCUAUGGAGUUUUGGUAUUGGAGUUGAUCACCGGCCAACGAAACUCUUCUUUUAAUUUGGACGUGGAUGCGCAAAAUCUGCUUGAUUGGGCAUACAAGAUGUACAAGAAAGGGAAGAGCUUAGAAAUUGUGGAUUCUGCAUUAGCAUCUACGAUAGUAGCCGAAGAAGUAGCAAUGUGCGUUCAGCUGGGUCUGUUAUGCACUCAAGGCGAUCCUCAGCUACGUCCCACGAUGAGGCGCGUGGUUGUGAUGCUGUCGAGGAAGCCAGGGAACAUGCAAGAACCUACGAGACCAGGAGUACCAGGUUCAAGAUACAGAAGACCUCGGAGACACUCUGCAUUGUCUUCCACAGUGGGUACCUCUGGUGCCUCUGAUUCACACACUUCUGAUUCUAGUAAUAAUUAUAAUACCACGGUUACUACUAGUGCCACGGGGACUAUCUCAGCUACUGCAGAAACAGACCCAAAAGGGAAACGUCCAAUUCGGGAGGGUUAGUUAGUUUAGUCUAGCUUCACUAUAUUGCUGUUAUUCUUUUUGCAAUGUAAGUAUGUGUGGUGUUGAACUAAGUAGAAUGUAAAUAGAUCGAGGCUAUAGGAAUGGCGAUCGAGGCUUAAGUGAAUUCUUAUUCUUUAAUUAAUGUUACAAGUGAGAAAUUAUGUAAUCUCUCAUUUUCCAUGGUUUACACAAAAACCAAUUGUUUCAUUCAUACGGGUUCACCUCAAAAGCAAGUUAAUUGUUGAAGCAGAAUGGUAUUAGUGUAGGCAUUUGUUUCA